GAGUGGGGCGUGGCCUCUGAAGACAAGGUUUGUUUUCAUGCUGCUGCUAGUUGGAUCCUGCAGUAGCAUUCAGAGGCAGCAGCAGCAGCGAGGCGUGUUUACAUAUCACCCUGCAAAACAUGUCUUUCAAGACCGUGGGCACCUUGCUGACACUGACACUUCGGGCCACAGGGAACAGGACCCCCCCUCUCGCCAGAUCCCCACGGGUGAACCGACUCUCCACUUCGUGCAAGGUGUUUGCGGGGUCGCAGCAUGUGGAGAAAAACAAGGGGCAAAGUUGCAGCUCGGAUUCGGACAGGCCGAACGACGGAGACGUGCCGUUAUCCAGCGAGCCGCCGCACAAAUGCGGCAGCGGGGACAAGAAGAGACUGAAAGAGGCCGCGGGAGCUCCGGGGGCGAGCGGCGUGAGGAGACGCUCAUUCACCUCCAAGGCGGCGCCCGUGGACCAGACGUCAUUCCUGUGGAACCGCUACAAUGACCUGAAACGGCUGGUGUACGACCUGAUCCCUCCAGGUGCGUGUAAAAGUCUUAACUCCUCUGUUAUCUACGCCAACAAUGAGGUCAGCUUGGAGGAAGUGGACAUCUAUGGCUUUGACUACGACUACACUUUGGCUCAGUACUCCAACGAGCUCAAUACGCUAAUCUACGACACAGCAAAAGGAUUCCUGAUUGAACACUUUAAGUACCCUGAAGAAAUUGCAAAAUAUGAGUACAUUCCAAACUUUGCUGUCCGGGGUCUUCACUAUGACAUCCAAAAGGGACUCCUGAUGAAAAUUGAUGCCUUUCAUUACAUUGAGCCAGGAACAGUGUAUCGAGGUCUGAGUCCACUGUCGGAUGAGGAGGUCCAUUAUCUCUACGGGGGGACUUUCCAUGUCCCGCUGUCGCAGGACAGUGGCUUCUACGGAAAGGGACCAAAGGUGAAGCAGUUCAUGGACAUAUUCUCCAUCCCAGAGAUGACCCUCCUGGCUGUCGUCAAUGACUUCUUUUUCACCAACGACAUUGAGUACGACCCGGUUCACCUGUUCAAGGAUGUUUCUGAGGCCAUUGGCAUGGUUCACCUUAAAGGCUACAUGUACAAGUGGAUCAUGCAAGACCUUGACAAGUUUAUCCUGAGAAAGGAAGAGACUGAUGCUGUCCUUCAUCAGUUGGUCAGUCAGGGGAAGAAGUUGUUCCUCAUCACCAAUAGUCCCUUUAGCUUUGUGGAUAAAGGAAUGACGCACAUGGCGGGGAAAAACUGGAGAGACUUCUUUGAUGUUGUUAUCGUGCAAGCAGACAAACCUCACUUUUUCACCGACUGUAUUAAGCCCUUCAGGCGUUUGGAUAAUAACGGAGAUCUGCGGUGGGAAAAGAUCACCAGUUUAGACAAAGGGCAGAUCUAUAAACAGGGCAACUUGUUUGAUUUCCUGAGACUGACCGGCUGGCGAGGGUCAAAGGUUCUUUACUUUGGGGAUCAUCUUUAUAGCGAUUUGGCAGAUCUGAUGUUGAGACACGGUUGGCGCACUGCAGCCAUCGUCCCAGAACUGGAGCACGAAACCAAAAUUGUGAGCGCUCACCGUUACGCUGUGACUCUCACAUGGCUGCAGGCCCUAACUGGCCUGAUGGAGCGCCUUCAGACACACCGUGACCCAGACUCCAAAAAAGUUUUUCUGGAAUGGCAGAAAGAAAGAGAAGAAUUGCGGGUGAUGACGAAGAACCUGUUCAACCCUCAAUUUGGCAGCAUCUUCAGAACAUGCCACAACCCCACUUACUUCUCCAGACGUCUGAGCCGAUUCUCAGAUAUCUACAUGGCCUCUCUGAGCUGUCUCCUGAACUACGACCCCUCAUACACCUUCUACCCACGUCGCACACCCCUUCAGCACGAAGCUCCCCUGUGGAUGGAUCAGCUGUGCACGGGUUGCAUGAAGACGCCCCACCUGGAUGAUAUGGCCAGCAUUCGAUGAGAGCUCUGCUCGCCUCACUGACUCACUGGACAUAUUUUAGGUCAAAGUGGCAAACACUUGAGAUAGUCAGAGCAUUUAGUUCUGUUUUUUAACAGGGUCUCAUUUUACCCAAGAAUGUGCUCCUCAGAUACUUCCAUUGGACAGUGCUCACUCAUCAGUAUAGAGAAAACCUCUAUGAGUCCACUGGAUGGAGCUGUUGAGCCAUAUAGCUGUGUCAAUGAAUCGUGAUACAGGAUUGACAGGAUAGUCGAGAAUGGGGAAGUUUUUUAAUGCUAAGCUGCAUCGCACAAUUAAAACAAAAAAAGGAGUAAAAUCUUUUCUAAUCCUGUGUUUAUCUUAUUUACCCUCUUGUGCUGUACUCUUUUCAUGUAAUCACAGGUGCAGUAAUGAACAAAAUACCUCAUUGUGUUCAAUAUAAUCAAUGGUGCAUGGAGUGAAAACUAAUAAUAAGUUCGAUACAUGUAAUUUGAUUUGCAAAUGGAUUGUGAUUUCAUUUAUCCAAUUGGUCGGUUGGUUGCUAGGCAGCACAGCAUCCGUUCAUUGCUGAUGUAGUCUCCGUCUGAAAUUCAUUUGAUUCCAGACGCCUUCCUGAAGACAACAGCGAAGGUACGGUACUGCGGCUGUUACACUUUAGGGUUGGGUAAAUUAAAUGUUUCUGAGCGAUGGCUGUGACUGUUAUUCAUCUGCAGGAGCUGCUGCUAAAUUUAACCAAAAGAGCUAUAUAGAACUGUGUACAAGUUUUUGUUGCGAUGUCCCGCCCUGGAACCCACCGUGUACCUUCUGUUACUCUUUGUUUUAAUGCUGUUUGACCUUUGUUGUUAUGGGAGUUAUCAAUAAACACAUACAGCUUA